CAGCGGAGCAUGAGCUCGUGUGUGCAGAUCCAAAAUUUUUGCAAAGGCUCCCACGUCCGAAAUAUCCCAUGGUUCAGGAUCCGAACCGUCUGUGACGGCGAGUCGACUGGCGUGGGCUGGGUGCGCGAAUUUUCUAUUUUACCCACAGGGCUGCCUUUGCGAAUUGAUUGCUCACUACCGUAUUUUUUCCCGCCUUAAUCAAUACCACUUUUUUCAAACUCAUUUCCGCCUCUUCUCCUUGGCACCCAAAAAAAAAAAUUCAACCCCUUUUAAUUAGAAUGUCGUCGUUUACAUCGAAUCUCGUGCAGAAGCUCGGCUCGAAGGAGUUCCGGUCCUACCUAAUGUCGACUCAUUUCUGGGGACCGGUGGCCAACUGGGGCAUUCCAAUCAGCGCGAUAGCCGAUUUUUCGUCCUCGCCGGACAUGAUCUCGGGGCGGAUGACGGCGACGCUGCUUCUGUACAGCACGCUGUUUGCACGGUUUGCGUGGAUGGUGAACCCGCGCAACUACCUUCUGUUUGCCUGCCAUAUCACGAACCUGACCGCGCAGUCGGUGCAGAUGGGCCGCUUCGUCAACUACAACGGCGGUCUGACCAAGAUCCUGAAGGAUAGCGCGCAGGCGUUCAAGACGGCGGCCGAUAAGAAAUAAGAAAUAGGAAUUAAGAAGUGCUCUUUACAAAAAAAAACGAGUAUGUAUGUGGACCCCGUUUUUAGGUGGAGCUUUGGUCCCCUGGUAUAUUAAUGUGGGCUGGCCCAGUCUCCUGCUGUGUGGGAGACGGUUUUUUAUUAUCUCUCCCACCAACCCACCUGCGGUCUGAUCUUGCCUAUUAACGGAAUUCUGUCCCAACAGAUCGCCCCCCUCCUUUUUGCUGCCCAGAAUUAAAACAAAGUGAUGCGAAAAACACAUGCAGCCCAUGCACUAUGACCGACACACAUGCAUAUGUGAAGGAGAAAAAUGCCAACCCGCAUGUCCCAUUGGACAAUACCCGCAUCUGCCACAGCCCAUCCUUUGU